AAUUAAUUAAAAUGACACGUAUUACAAGUAUACUCCUACUCUCACUAUUGUUUGUUUCCUCCCAAGCCUACUUUUAAGAUAAAGAACAUAGAGAAGAGGCUAAGUCAUUCUUUUUGAAUUUUAUAAAAGAAUUUACAAAUCAAUACAGUGCUAUUACAGCUGAAGGUUUGGAUUAUAUGGGAGCUAUGAAAUUGGCAUUGGACUAUUGGAUUACAUAGAUAAGGAUUCACAAUUUUGCUGAAUUAAAAGUAAAUAAAAAGAAAUAAAAUAAAGGUUGAUUAUGAUGUGAAUCAUGACAUUUUGGAAAUCUCAGCUCCCACUUUCAAUAUUGAUUUAGUAGUCGAGAAUAAAUACACAAUCCCAAUCAAAAUAGAAGAGUAUUGAGCAUUAUUAUUUUAGUUUGUUUGUCUCAAUCAUCUUCAACAUUGGUCCAACACACUUCAGAUGCGCAGAAGUGGAAAUUGAUUAUGGCUCUGUUUCUUUGGAUGUGAAUGUCGUAAUAGAAUACAUUACCAAAUAAUUGUUAUCUUUGGACAUCAUUAAGUCUGCAAUCAAGAAAUCAGAGAUUCCAAUUAGAAAUGUUCUAGUGAAUGCUAUUAGAGUAUUAAUCGAUUCAAAUAUUAUAGAGCAACCAUUAAAGAUUGAAUGGAUUGGUCAAUGAAUUGAGAACUGGCUCAUUGAACCCAGGAGUGUUGUUAGCCUAAUUACCUAAUGUGCCAUUCACCAGAGUUGAAAAUAGAGAAUACAUCAUCAAUAUCAGAUAAAUUUUCAGUUUUGAGUCUUAAAAGGAGAAGGAAAAGAAGGACGAUCUUUGAAUUAUAGAUAUAAAUAUCAAAUGUGUCUAAUUUGUUAU